AUGAAGUUCGGCAAGCAGAUCCAGCGUCGCCAGCUCGACCUGCCCGAGUACGCAGCCAGCUUCUUCAACUACAAGGCACUCAAAAAGCUCAUCAAACAACUCAGCGCGACGCCCACCAUCCCCGCCCAGGGAGCGACGCAGGAACCGACGGGAGACGUGCUGGACGCCCAAGCCGCCCUGCGCGCAAACAAGGAGGUCUUCUUCUUCCGCCUGGAGCGCGAGAUCGAAAAGGUCAACGUCUUCUACCUGCAAAAGGAGGCCGAGUUCUCCCUCCGCCUCAAGACCUUGCUCGACAAGCAGCGGGUCAUCCAGUCGCGGCGGACGGUGUCGAAUUCAAAGGCCCCCGCCAACUUCGUGGCCUUGAUCGAGGGCUUCCAGCAGUUCGAUGGAGAUUUGAACAAGCUGCAGUCACGGACAAAAGAGCUCUAUUUGCAGCGCGCGGUCGAGGUGCAGCCAUGCUUCAACCGGGAAGUCCUCCGUGACCUCUCAGACCGUGCCACGACGGCCAGGCUCGAGCUCGAGGCGUGGGCAGAGGGGGAAAACAUCCAGUUCAACACCCCUCGCCAGAACGACCGGCCCGCCAGCAUCGUGGAAGAAGACGACGGCGACCUGCACAUCCUCAACUCCGCGGCCGCGACGGGCAACCUCCAGCCCCUGCGUGACUGGCUCAGCAAGAUCCAGCUCUCCGCCGACGCGGCCGACCAUCUCACCCGCAUCUUCCUUACCGCCGUCAACGAGUACCCGGACGAGGUCCUCACCCUGCUGCUGGAGACCAACCUCGUCGACGUACAUGCGGAGGACGACAUCAACGAACGCAACUGUCUGCACGAAGCCGUCAUCUCCGGCCGCCAGUUCGUCUUCGAUGCCGCCCUCGAGCGUGGCGUCGACAUCUCACAGGCCGACGUCUACGGGCGAAUACCGCUGCAUUAUGCCUGCAUGCACGGCCGGGUCGGCAUGGUACACACCCUGCUCGAGAAGGGCCUGUCGACCAUCGACUUCACCGACCACGACAACUUCACUCCGCUCAUCCACAGCAUCAUCAAGGACCAGGUCUCCUGCGUCGAGCAGCUGCUCUCCCACAACGCCCGAAUCAACCCGGCUUCCGAGUCAGAUCACAUACCACUAAACCUCGCCUGCCAGCAUGCCUCCCUCGCCCUGAUCAGGAUCCUCCUCGAACGAGACGCAAAGUUCCUGCCGGACGCUGAGGGCCUCUAUCCCCAGCACCUCGUUGCCCGCUCCUGUCGCUCCUCUUCCGUGCUCUUGCUCCUCAAGGACCACGGCGCCGACCUCGACCAGCGGGAUAAGCUGUACCAGUGGACCCCCCUCUUCCAUGCCGCCGCCGAAGGAUGCGUGGGCUGUCUACGCACUCUGCUCGACUGCGGUGUCGACGCAGACGCCCUGGACGAAAAGGGCCUGCCGGCCAUGUACUAUGCCGUCUGGGAGGGCCAUCUGGCAUGCAUGAACCUGCUCUGGUCUCAACGAACUUCCCGUCCCAUCCCCGGACAGACGCCUCUCGACGUCCUCAACGGAUCCAGGGGCCGCGAUGCCAUAACCGCCACCCUUACCCCCAUGAGCGACGAGAAGAAGCAUAUUCCUGCUCUCGAGGUGGACGGCAUCCCGGACCUCUCCCUUCCCCCUCCCAUCAUCCCACUCCGCCAUUACGGCCACAACUUCCUGGAUAACAAGACCUUUGUGCAGAUUCACUUCAACCCCCCCUCCGCGGACCCCAUCGUCUUCUACCAGACCGGACGCUAUGCCGCUGCCCGACUGACCAUCUCCUCCAAGAUGACGGACCUGAUCCCCCGUAACGUCAUGCUGCCUCUGCAGGAAGACUCCCGCUUCAUAUCCUUCCACAUCGAUAGGCUGGAAAACUUCGCCAUCGACUUUGAGAUAUUCCCGACUUUUGGCUCCAAGGUCAUCGCCAAAACGGUUGCCCUGCCUGACGUCUUUGAGAACGACGGCCGAAGCUCCGGCCACUGCUGCCUCCCCGUCUUUGACCCCCGGCUGAGAGCCAUUGGCGAAAUCCGCUUCAACUUUCAGGUCAUUAAGCCUUACUACGGAGACCCGCUGGAGAUCACGCAUUUUGCAACCUACUGGAAAGCCACCAGCCCCUUCGACGCUGAGCACAACGGACAGGUUACCGGUUCCAGUCUGUCAGGCGACUACGUCCAGAUAUUCGUCCAGAUGACAAGAGACCUGAUCCCAGUUCUCUAUCCGGAAUUCACGAUCAUGCAUCACAAUGUCCGCAUACCCAUCUCACAUCUAUCCAUCGAAGAGUUCAAGGCCAUCGGCCGUGAAUACGCCCCAGCCACCUCGUCCUUGUCGGACUCUGACAACAUCUCUACCAAUUCCCUCCUCCCUUCCCUCGCUGCAAUGUCUAUAACCGACAUGCCAACCGCCCACCGUCUCCUUGCCACCUCUUUCCUGACCCUCGAAGAAGUCCUCCUUCACCUACCAACCUCCAUCCAUGUAAACCUAUGCAUCCUCUACCCAUCCCCCGCUGAGCAGAAAGAGCUCGACCUCCGCCUCACCUUCAAUAUCAACAAUUUCGCCGAUGCCAUUCUCACGCGUGUCUUCGAUCACGCCCGUGCGUCGAGGCUGGCCAACCCGGACUUUAUGCGAUCCGUCGUUUUCACAAGUUAUAAUGUUGGCAUAUGUGUGGCUUUGAACUGGAAGCAGCCAAAUUAUCCCGUCCUGCUAUGCAACGACCUGGGCCAAUCCCGAGACUCAAAUAGCAAUAUUCACUCUCCAGCCUCGCCUCCACCCUCUUCAUCUCCGGCAAUCCAGUACAGCGGUCGCGCUUCCCUAUCCAUCAAAGAAUCCGCCCGUAUCGCCCAAAGCAAUAAUCUCAUGGGCCUAAUGUGCCGAUCAAGCCUACUCAACGUAAUGCCCUCGCUGGCCGAAUCCAUAAAGGAGCUCGGCCUCGUGCUAAUUGCAGAUACAUCUGACGAAAGCGCCGAGAGACGCCGGCAGCAAAACACCAGCUCAGCAAGUUCGGCUGGCUUUGGGGGGGCAAAUGAUACCCUCUUCCGCAUGCCAGGCAACGUCAACGGAAUUAUGCGCGAGACCGGCGUGCUACGAUUUAACGACUCGAUUGAUAUGUGA